CAUCCCAUUCUACUCAUAAAACGCACGUCGACAGGCACUCCUCUCUUCCCUUCCACCUGGACUGCUGAAUAAAAGGUGGUCCCCAAAACUUGCCCAUCAUUCCUGCGUUAGAUCCUAGAUUGCUCCACAGAGAGUGGUGCUCUGUUCGAGGUGAUCCCCCUUGACGCCCACCUUGGCUACGCCACUGUUCUUUGCCUCCCUUCUGCUUCUUUGGUCUUACAGUUAUCCCCGGGCGCUUCGCUAGAGCGAAGACCAGAGGGAUCCGACUGAGAUCAACCACAACAUACCAAAAAAAUCCGACACGUCAUCAAUCUCAAUGCUCAAGACUUACGCUCACGCCGACCCUCCCCUGUCGGUAUACCUAACCCUGUACGAGGACGUGCCCGACACUACACCCGUCGAACAGAAUCCAUGCCCCGUAGAAUCUAAAUCACCUGACACCCACCUCAACCAUGUUAAUACCCCGACUUCGAUUGACGAAGAUAUCGACACCGAGGACGUGGACGGCUUUUUCGCAGAUCUUCCCCCAGUCCUGCGAGGCGAGCCUCGAGACGUCAUGCGUCGUCUUGUUCGGGAGAGACAGGCAGCCACUGACGGCGAUGUGGAUGCAGAGAAGGCAUUCUUCGUUGCAGAUCUUGGCAGCGUCUGGGCUCAGCACAUGAAGUGGAAGCGUCAUUUUCCUCGUGUGCAUCCGUACUAUGCCAUCAAAUGCAAUCCGGAUCCCUAUGUUCUUCGUUUGCUUGCAUCCUUAGGUGCUGGCUUCGACUGCGCAUCAUACGGUGAAAUUUCCAGUGUUCUGUCCAUCCGAGUCGAACCGUCUCGCAUCAUCUUCGCCAAUCCGUGCAAGCCUGUGUCUUUCAUUCGCAAUGCCGCACAACUGGGAGUCAAUAUGAUGACAUUCGAUAACGUGGACGAGUUACACAAGAUUGCCCGGAUUCAUCCAGGAGCUCAGCUGGUUCUGCGCAUUUUGACGGACGACUCCAAAAGCAUGUGCAGACUAGGCUUGAAGUUUGGUGCGACACUGGCCUCUGUCCCUCUCCUGCUCACCACUGCCAAGUCACUCCAUCUAAACGUAAUCGGCAUCAGCUUCCAUGUAGGCAGUGGAUGCUACGAUCCCCACUCAUUCGUAGACGCAAUUGAACGCGCCCAUAUCGCCUUCAAUAUCGGACGAGACAUCGGAUACCGCUUCAUGCUGCUUGAUAUCGGAGGUGGUUUCGAGUCUAGCGGUUUUGAACAAGCAUCCGCCGUUGUCAAUCGUGCCUUGGACGAAUAUUUUCCCGCUCAAGACGGUGUCCGCGUAAUAUCCGAACCGGGUCGCUUUUACGUUGCCAGUGCCUUCUCACUGGCAACCAAUGUGAUAGCAAGACGCCCUGUUGCACUAUUUCCUGGAACGGCCGAGAAUACAGAUGAGGACGAACCUACCAUCAUGUACUACAUCAACGACGGUGUUUACGGCUCAUUCAACUGCAUUCUUUUCGACCACCAGGUCGUUCAUCCCUAUGCAAUCACGAUCAACCGCCAGUUCCUGCCCAGCGAACCUAACCCUGUUGCGACAUGUAGUGUGUGGGGACCAACUUGCGACGGUAUUGAUUGCGUAAAAUCCCGUGCCAUUUUGCCUUCUGGACUGGAAAUCGGCGAUUGGAUUGGUUUCGAUAACAUGGGGGCCUACACCAUCUGCGCAGCCAGCCAAUUCAACGGAUUUCAAGAAAGUGCCGUGCACUACUGCUUUGGCACCGGACAAGGUCCUCGUGCUGUUCGAGAUGCUUUGCGAGACUAUCCGUUUGCUAAAUAAUCAAAUUUGGCAGUGCUGCCUCUUGUGAUAGAGUCGAAUAGUAUUAAGCUCCGGUCUUCAAUCUAACAGUGUUUAUAAUG